UUUUUUCCCCUCUCGGUUGCUUCUUCGCGUACUCUUUGAUCUCGUUCUGAGUCGCCCUCGCGUUUCGGGGGUUCAACUGUUUGGAGUUUGCAGGACUUCCUAUUUCUUGAAGAAGAAAAUGGAUCAGUACGAGGUGUUAGAGCAGUUUGGUAAAGGUGCCUUCGGUUCUGCUCUUCUUGUGAGGCAUAAGCAAGAAAAAAAGAAGUAUGUAUUGAAGAAAAUCCGUCUUGCUCAUCAGACAGAUCGCUGCUGGAGAUCUGCACAUCAAGAAGUGGGUGCUUGUUAUGGAUCAUUUGUGUCUGGAAAGUUGAUCCUUCACUUGGUGUUGCAUGGGAUUGUGUUGGAAGAAGAAAAAUUAAGAUAAAGAACAACAUCUUUGCUAUCAGCCACUAUUUGUAGAUCAUUGAACUUGACUUGGAUAUCCUCGUGAAAUAAUUGAUACAAUUUUUUGGUGUUGAUGCCUUGAAUUUUGUCCUGUUGCCCAUGGAAAUUUUCAGGGUUUAUUCAAUGCAAAUGUGUUUGUUUCCUUUC